CAAAAAGAAAGCUAAAACAAAAGCAAAAGCACAAAAAACACUUCCAUUCUCAAAAGCAAAAAAAAUGAUAGAAGAACGCCGAGGCCCUCCUCACGGCGUCCUCCUAGCGGUGGUGGUGGUGGUGCUAGUGGUGGUGCUUCCGACACUUCUCGGUGACCAAGGUGGUGAAGCCAUAACAGAUUUCAUUGCCGACCUUCUGAGCCCAGUAGGUCUCCUCCUCCUACCCAUUGUCCUCCUCCUCACCAUCCAAUUCCUCUCUUCCGACAGUGGCUCUUUCAUCGCCGGCAUAUUCUCCACCGGCGAGCCCGACACCAUUCACCGGGUCAGCGGGUCACCCGUCGGCGUUGCUCUCUUUCUUGUUCUCAUUUUGUUCCUUCUCUACAACCGGGUCUCCAUCUUCGGCGGCGACGAUGAUUCCGGUGAUUAAUGUGUGUGUUUUGAUUGAUGCUUUGAUCUGUUUUCUUUGCUUCUUGAUUAUUGUAUACGUAUACAUUAUUGGGUAUAUAUAGUGUACGGACGUACGUAGAGAGCUGAGUUCAUGUUUGAACAUGGGAGGUGAUUUUAAAUUACCGGAGUACCCAGAUGAGUAAACGCAGCUGAGUUGGAUAUUUUGAGGGUAUUGUAGUCAUUGAGAAUCUCUGUGCCGACAUUUUUCAUGUAAUUUAUGAAAUUACAUUUUAAUUUAUGUAAUUUUUCAUCUAAUUAUGUAUAAGAUUUGGGAGAUUAUUUCUGUAUUUUUGAGAUCUGAUGGAGGAAUGUCAUUCUUGUCGGUAUCAUUUUUAUGUUGUGUUAUUUUUG